GAUCAUGGUAGAGAUCAAGCGAGACAAUGUCUCAAUCAGUCCCGAGACGUCGUGGUCGACCCAGAAAAGCAGCGUCUGAAGAGGAGCGAGUAGCCCGGGAACGUGCUCUGCAGCGUGCACGAUCACAACGAUACUACCAACGACAACACCAGCAAGCCAUCCACCCCCAUGGCGCGCCGACCGAGUCGCAACUAGCAGAAUUUAUACAUCAUUACCACUAUCAACCUCAUCCGCCCGCUAUACCGUCGACUACGGAUCCGGUCAUUGGCCUCCACCUAGAGCCGCAUCUCCAGAUCCCCACGCCGUUCGAGGAUCCACCAGCGGCCGAGCCCACCUACAACGGCAACUACGACGACGACGAACCGAACGAGGCCAAAGCGGGCCCGGCCGGAGCACCGUGCAGCCCACCACCUGUGGGGGAUAAUGAGCUACAUGAUACACCAUCCCAUUAUUGCCCGGCUGGAGAAGAACGAAGCCAGUAUGGCCAGGAGAUACAGGACCUCCUGCAAUCAGUUGAGAAAAGCCUUCACAUCUCAGUAUCAUCAGUCCAAGGUAUCUAUCCCGAUUCCCUCGAAGCGGUAUCCUGAAUCGCAGUUUGGGCCUGCUUAGCUGAUUCCAAACUAUAGCUGAUGACACAUGUGGAGACG